AUGGCCCGACGCCGGAAUGGCCUUCUGCUUGCGGCAUUGGCGCUCUGUUGCUGCUUGCUAGCGAGCGUGCGGGGUGCGUGUCCGUCCAAGUGCAAUCGUCAUGGCACCUGCGGAAGCGACAACACCUGCACGUGCUUCCCGGGCUACACAGGCUACGACUGCAAUGAGCGAGCGUGUCCGAAGGCCUCCCCCUGGGUGGACUUCGCCACGGGCGACAACUCGGUUCGAUCCAUGGCGGAGGAGUGCUCCAAUCGCGGCCGCUGCAACCACGGCAACGGGCGGUGCGAGUGCGAUGCAGGCUUCGCUGGCGUCGCCUGCGAGCGCCUGCAGAUCUGCCGGACCAACUGCAACGGCCACGGCAAGUGCAUGUCCAUGCGAGCGAUGGCCGCUGCCAAGAACGACUACAACCUGCUCUACUCGGCCACGUACGACUCGCCCUGGGACGCCGACCGGAUCUUCGGCUGCGUGUGCGACCACGGCUACACGGGCGUGGACUGCUCGCUCCGACAGUGUCCGUAUGGGGACGACCCCAUUUCCUCCGGUCAGGUGGACGAGAUGCAGGCUGUCUCCUGCCUCUGCGAUGGCUGCACCGGAACGUUCACGCUGAGCUUUCGUGGCGAGACGACGCGGCCUCUGGACGGGAGUGUGGACACGGCGGCGACGCUGAAGGCUGCGCUGGAAGACCUGCUCACGAUCCGAGGGGUGUCCGUCACGUUGAACGGAGGAACGACCCUCUGCGACUCGGACGGCGUCUCGGCAUUGAUCACUUUCACGUACGAACAUGGAGACGUCCCAGCGCUCGUUGCUACGCCGAGUUUUGUAGGGGGUACCAGCUCGCUUACGGUGGAAACAGGCGUGUCACUUUACGGAACACAAGCCAUGUAUGGAUCCACUCCACCGCUGACUGUGACGGGAACCAAAGAGUGGCUCGAAUGCUCAGGUAGAGGGACCUGCAACACGCUCAUUGGCGUCUGUGCAUGCGCGGCAGGCUUCGGGCCCAGCGAUGCAGGACUGGGAAACUCGGGGAGCAUUGUAGACUGCGGAUAUUAUAGCGGCAGCGGCUUGGUGACCUGCGCAGGGAUUUCGGGCUCGGUAACUCGCUGUUACAGUCAUGGACGAUGUUUGGGCGGGCCGCUGUACCGAUGUCUCUGCGAUGAGGGGUACGGGGGUUAUGACUGUUCUCAACCAAAAUGCCCCACCGGGCGUGCGUGGGUAGAGGAAGCGAUGACGAACAACGUGGCGCACAACUCCAUUGUGCAAUGCUCGAAUGCGGGUCUUUGCACCAAUGCAGGUACGUGCAGAUGUCUUCCCGGGUUCGAAGGAGCUGCAUGCAAUCGAAUGUCAUGCCCCACCAGUAACGGAGCUGUCUGCAACAACCGCGGGACUUGUCGGUCGCUGCGAGAGCUGGCAGCGCUCACCCCGACGGCGUUGUAUACCGCCGCUGGCUUCAUCUACGGCUCCGACCCGAACGCAUUGGCAACUUGGGAUGCCGAUAUGGUUCAGGGCUGCUACUGCGACAAAGUCCCGCUGGACCGCGGCAAGAGUGUCCGCUACUCAGGAUAUAGCUGCUCCAAAAUUCCGUGUCCGAGCGGCGAUGAUCCGUGGACGCCCAACCAAGUUGACGAGGUACAAACCAUCAGCUGUACAGCUGAUGGAGGGACCUUCACACUGGCAUUUCGUGGCGAAACUACGCUUCCUCUACCCUUUUCAGCAGCUCCUGCAUCCGUGAAGUCUGCACUAGAGAAUCUACUGACGUAA